UGGAUGGAUCUAAUAAAUGGAUCAAUGAUAUCAGAGUUUGUGUUGUUAGGACUCAGCAACAAUUGGAAACUUGAAAUUUUCUUUUUCUUCAUAUUUCUCUUGGCCUACUCAGCAAUUAUGGCAGGAAAUCUCCUCAUUGUGAUUAUAGUUACUUUUGAUUCUCAUCUCAACUCUACACCAAUGUACUUCCUCCUUGGAAAUCUCUCUUUUCUCGAUAUGUCUAUUUCUACAAUCACAACUCCUAAGAUGAUCACAGAUUUUCUCAGGAAGAGGAAGACUAUUUCCUUGUGGGGAUGCAUGGCUCAGAUGUUCUUCCUCCACUUCCUAGGAGGGAGUGAGAUGACUCUUCUCAUAGUCAUGGCUGUUGACCGGUACAUUGCUAUUUGCAGGCCUCUUCACUACACAACCAUCAUGAACCGGAGGGUGCUCAUUGGCUCUGUGCUGCUGUCAUGGGCUGUUGGUUUUGUGCACACCAUGAGUCAAAUGGUUUUUACUAUCCCCUUGCCCUUCUGUGGUCCCAAUGUAGUAGAUAAUAUUUUCUGUGACCUUCCUCUAGUUCUAAAACUUGCCUGUACUGAGACCUAUGUUCUGGAGUUGCUGGUCAUUGCUGACAGUGGACUGUUGUCUUUCAUCUGCUUCCUACUCUUGCUCAUUUCCUACACUGUCAUUCUAGUAACUGUAAGACAUCGAUCCUCUGGUGGACUUUCCAAAGCUUUAUCUACACUGUCUGCUCACAUUACCGUGGUCACCCUGUUCUUUGGGCCAUGUAUCUUCAUCUAUGCUUGGCCGUUUAGUGGCUUUUCAGUGGAUAAGUUUCUUUCUGUGUUUUACUCAGUUAUCACACCCUUACUGAAUCCCAUAAUUUACACUUUAAGGAAUCAGGAGAUGAAAACAGCCAUGAAUAGACUGAGGAACCAACACAUCCAUUCUAAGCAGAUCUUCUAG